AAAGAGUGGUAUUUUAUGAAAUAGAAGAAUAAGAAACCUAUCUCUGAACUCUUGAAGCAAAAAAGAAUAGCUGAGCAAUAAUCAUAACAGCCUCAAUAACCUGCUUCACCUCCAUCUCGAUCAUCUUCCUCCUGUUCUUCUAAAUCGUCUGAUCCAUAUGAAAAUAGCAGUGAAGCUGAAGAUUACGAGGAUUACAAAAAAGAUGGUUAUCAUCCCGUUAGUAUUGGAGACAAAUUUCACAAUGGGAGAUUUUAAGUUAUUCAAAAACUUGGAUGGGGGCACUUUUCAACUGUUUGGUUGGCGCAUGAUAAAUAAUCUGAGACACAUGUUGCAUUGAAAAUAUAGAAAAGCAAAUAAAGUUAUCAAGAAAGUGCUAUUGAUGAAUUAGAGCUUUUGAAGUAUUCAAUUCAAAUAAAUAUAGGGAUUUAUAGAAGCAUAUAAAGGAUGAUAAAUGGAUUUAGUAUUAAGAAUAAUUGUCUCAGAUUCCAAAAUUAGAUUAUUCAACUCUUAAGUGGGGUGAUCCAAACAUUAAAAAUACAGAAUAGGAUAUGGAUAUUAAAGUGAAAUUGAAUGAAACAUAUUGUGUAGAAAUGGUUGACAAUUUUAUUCAUUAUGGAAUGCAUGGAAAACACUAUUGUACAGUUUUUGAAGUGCUAGGACCUUCUUUAUUAGAUUUAAUUAUUCACUUUGAUGACUAUGAUAAAAGAAUGGGCAUGUGGUUGGUAAAAUAAAUCACAAGAGAACUCUUAAUUGGAUUAGUGUAUAUGCACGAAGUAUGUAACAUGAUUCACACAGAUUUGAAGCCAGAAAAUAUUAUGCUUUAAUUGAAACCAUAGAAUUUUGGGGAAUUUGUAGAAUAAAUGAAAAUGGUCUAAAAAAAACCAAUAAGCAUGAAAUUUUUGGAAAAAUUAAAGAAAUCCAUGAAAACAACCAAUAAAAAAUAGGAAAAGAGAAAAAAGUAGAAAUAAAAGAAACUAUAAUAGUAAUAAGAAAAAGAUUAUUAGGUAUAAUAAUAAACUGAAUAAUAAUAAGAUGUACAACAAUAGCAGGAUUAAUAGUAAUAACAGUAAUAAUAAUAAUAAUAGCAAGAUUAAUUAUAGUAAUAAUCAUAAAAAUAACAAUUAAUUCAACAAUAAUAAUUAUAAAAAGAUACAUAAUUAAAUACAAAUAAUAAUACUAUUAAAGAACAGAUAUAAGAAGAUUCAUCAAUAUAAUAACAGAGUACUUAAUUAAAUUAAGAUUAAAAUUCUACAAAUAUUUAAUCUGUUUAAAAUACUGUUUAACUUGAGCCAAUAACAGAUGAUGAAUCUGAAUAAAUAUCAAAUAUCGAAACUAUAAAAAAUUAAGUUGAAUAAUAGAUUAAUCCAGAAAAAGAGAAUUAAGAAUUAUAGUAAAAAGAAGAGAUCCAUCAUGUCCAUAAACAUAGAAAUUUACAAAAGGAAAAGGAAAAAGCCUAAAAAGAUAAAAAGAAAAGUCACAGUGGAGAAGAAGAAAUUUCAUCUGAUGAAGACGAUUAAGAUUGGAAAUCAGAAGAUUAAAGCGAUGAGUCAGAAUCAGAGGAAGUAGAUGAAGAAACUUUAUACACUUUGAAGUAUAAUAUUGUUAUUUAUAAAUUAGAUGGAAAGAGCAUAUCAAAAUAAAGUUAGAUAGAGAUUUAUCAAUUAAAAUUGUUGAUUUUGGAAAUGCCUGUUGGACCAAUAAGCAUUUUACAGAUAAUAUACAGACUAGAGAAUAUAGAGCACCUGAAGCCAUCUUGGGAAUUGAAUAUGAUACUAGUACUGAUAUUUGGAGUACUGCUUGCAUUGUGUUUGAAUUACUUACUAAUGACUAUUUAUUCAAGCCGAAAAAGGGAAAAGGAUUUAAGAAAUCAGAUGAUCAUUUAGCUUAAAUGAUGGAAGUUUUAGGAAAAAUGAACAAAAAAUGGGCACUGAGUGGUUCUAAUAGCAGGGAAUUCUUUAACAAAACCGGCUAGUUAAUUAACAUUAAAGUAGAUAAUUAAAUUAUUUAAAGGAUUUGCACCCAACCUCUAUUAGUAAAAUAUUAAUGAGUGAAUACGGUUUUUCAUAUUCAGAUGCAAAUCAAAUAGAAGAUUUUCUUGUUCCAAUGCUAGCAUUUGAACCAAAGAAGAGAGUGACAGCCAGAUAGGCACUUUAGCAUCCUUGGCUCUGGUCCAAAUGA